CAAAUACACAAAUCUUAACGCUUUGGGACUAAACUCGGUGAGGGUGUAACCUUUAGGGAUGAUAUAUGGAUUGACUAUAGUUUCGGGGGGAAUUUAUAAAUUUCCGGUUUAAUUGCGAUUCAAACGUCGACACUGGUCAUCACGUCACAGAAAUCUGUACUGGAAACUGCCUCUAGCAAAUUGCCCGUCAUAAUCCUUCGUUUCGUUACUUUUCCCCGCAAAAAAUUGAUUUGCCGGCAGCCCGGUGGCUGGCCGUCUACCUGAUAAUAUCUGUCCGACCCAGCGGCUGAACUCGCUUCCGCCUCCUCCGCUGCAAGAAUCUUCCGUUUGGUCGUUAAUUUUAAAAAAGUUUGUUCCACGCGGAAAUAUAACGAAUGGGCCGGUCUCGAGCUGUUCCUCACUCCGCCGAUGAAGAUUCCGGCCAAAGGUCAAAGAGGAAAAAGACAGCUUCCAACGUCGAAAAUGUGGAAACUGUUACCGCAGCUCAAGGGAAGACAGAAGGGAAGGCUUUAUACCAUUGUAAUUAUUGCAAUAAGGACAUAUCUGGGAAAGUUCGCAUUAAAUGUGCCAUCUGUUCUGACUUUGACCUUUGUGUGGAGUGCUUUUCAAUUGGAGCUGAGGUCCAUCCUCACAAGAGUGGUCAUCCAUACAGGGUCAUGGAUAAUCUGUCCUUUCCCUUAAUAUGUCCUGACUGGAAUGCAGAUGAGGAAAUUCUACUCCUGGAGGGAACUGAAAUGUAUGGACUGGGUAACUGGGCUGAAGUUGCUGAACAUGUUGGAACCAAGAGGAAAUCACAAUGUAUUGAGCACUACAAUGCUAUUUACAUGAAUUCUCCAUGCUUUCCUCUUCCGGACAUGUCUCAUGUUAUGGGAAAGAAUAGGGAGGAGCUCCUUGCCAUGGCCAGUGAACAUGGAGAAGUAAAGAUGGGAUACUCCACUCCUGGGGGAGUUAAGGACGAGUCUUUGCUCCCGGUGAAAAUCAAGGUUGAAGAUCAGAGAGGAGAUGGUUUAGUCGGGCCUUCCGCAUUUAGCUUGAAUUCAGAGCUAGGCUCGGGACCAGCUUCGGGUUUCGGCAAUGAAUUUGUUGGAGGAGCUAAGCGGGCAUCAAGUCUCAAACAAAGUAAGGAUGAACAUGAAGGAAUCAAGAUUGAAGAUGUUACAGGCCGGAGUUUUGGAGAGAAGAAACCGAGGACAUCUGGUGAUGAGGGGCCUUCCAUAGCGGAAUUUAGUGGUUAUAACUUUAAGAGGCAAGAGUUUGAAAUUGAGUAUGACAAUGAUGCUGAGCAGUUAUUAGCUGACAUGGAAUUUAAGGAGAAUGAUACAAAUUCUGAACGGGAACUGAAGUUGAGGGUUUUGCGCAUCUAUUCCAAAAGGCUGGAUGAAAGAAAAUGCAGGAAGGACUUCAUAUUGGAAAGAGGAUUACUGUAUCCUGAUAAUUUUGAAAAAGAACUUUCACGGGAAGAGAAAGACAUAUGCCAACGCUAUAGAGUAUUUAUGCGAUUCCAUUCAAAAGAAGAGCAUGAGGAGUUACUUAGAAGCCUUGUUGAAGAACAUCGAGUGUUGAAAAGAAUUCAAGAUCUUCAGGAGGCUCGGGCAGCCGGCUGCCUCACAUCUGCUGAGGCUGAAAGGUUCAUUAAGCAGAAAAGAGGGGAAGCAGACGAUUCUUCUCUAAGAGCUACUCAAUUCAAAGGGGACAUUGAUAGUCCUCGAGGAAUUAUCAGAGGUCCUGUGGUAUUAGAAUCUGGAGCAAAAGAUAUUCCAUCAACAAUCCGUGGAAUCACUGUUUUUAACGGUUCAGAUCAUUGGGAUGUGACCGGAUUUUUGGGGGCUGAUUUACUCUCUGAAGCUGAGAAACGACUGUGCGGUGAGAUCAGGAUCCUUCCUGCACAUUAUCUCAACAUGCUGCAGACCAUGUCCAUGGGAGUCUUAAGCGGCAGCAUUACGAAGAGUUCCGACGCCUAUGGGCUAUUCAACGUUGAUCCCACAAAGGUCGAUAAAAUAUACGAUGUACUAGUAAGAAAAGGGAUCGGGCAGGCAUAAGUUGGAGAAUCCAGAUAAGUAGGUGGCGUGUAAAUUUAUCUGGAGGGAUUUGCUAUGAAGAGCCAUUUGUUGUAUUCAUACUAAUUGGUUAGCACUUCUUAUUCGCAAAAGCACAUCAUGUAUCCUAGAUAUAUUUGUUAGAGCAUAUUUAUGUUGUUUCUAGAGAAACUUCGUUGAAUUUGAUUGUUUGCAGACAGCAGACCUUUCACGGAUAUGAAUUUCUUAUGUGGUGUUCUUUUCAGCAAAAAUAAAAUAAAACAUUUUUAAUCCCAAACUUAAUGAGGAGAGAUUAGCUGACUCUCUAUUUUUGUUCAAAC